UAAUUACGGGCCUGCAAAAGGACUAAUAUACCGGACUUGGCCCAUUUAGAUAUCGUCAUUCUUCUUAUCGAUCACAAAGCUCCACAGAAAAUUGAAGAUUUCAGAGACGAAAAAGAUUCAAGAAACAGAGAUGAAGAGGGCGUUUUCUCAACCCCUUUUGAAACACUGCGAAGAAAGUGAUUACGAAGAAGAAGAAGAAGAAGAAGAAGAAUAUAAAGUUCAAAAUCAAGUAUCGGAGGACGACGAUGACAUGGCGGACCAAGUCUCUUGCAUCAGUCUCCACAGACGAGAACCAACCAAACGAGUUAAUAUGGUUACGUUAGGUGAAGAGCAGUCUUGGGAUAACUCUGGGCUGUGGAGGCAAGAACAGAAGAGAAGAGCAGUAAGGUUAGAGAAACAGCUCAAGUCAAGAUGGGCCCUUGAGGACCUAGUUGAGGAACAGCUGAACAGUUUUCAAGCCCACUACAAUCGGGCCACAGGCCCAACCCGGCUCAAGGACGUGGCUCAACUCUUGAUGCCCAAGGGGGCUCCGGCCCAUGAGAUGGCAUCGGUGGCCUGGCUCGGUGAUUGGAGGCCCUCUGCCAUUCUGGACCUACUCCGCUCCAUGGCCCAGGUCUCGUCCUCAUUGCAAUCGUCCCUAUGGUCUCUAAUGGACUCCUUUGGGAUUGAGCAGACUUUAACACAACUGAUCCAUGAGAUAGGGAUUGAAGAGGCAGUGCUUGAUGAGGAAAUGGCUGAGAUCCAAGCCAACUGUAUCCUGCACCUUCCUUUUGGCCGGGUCAGUAACCGGGCUGGUGGUGGGCCUGCCUUGGCCUGUGUCCAGUCUGAAUUCAAGAAGAUCCACCGGGUCAUUAUCAAGGCCCAGAAUCUCAGAUUCAAGGCUCUGGAGUUGGUGGUGAAGAAGGUGCUGAACCAGACUGAUGCAGCUGAGUUUUUUGUUGCAUUUGUGGGAAUUCAAGAUUUGAUCCAUCAGUUUGCGACGCAGCAGAAACUGCGAAAGGGUCCGGUCUCAGUGCCGGUCAAGGCCUUCCGGGUACAGUAGUUGAGAGCAGAGCAGUGGAAUGUGAAGGACUCUCUGAUCAAAACAAUCAGAGUUCAGAAAACCAUUAGGUACUGUUUCAAUUUCUACCUUGUUAAUCAGCAUUUGCAAAUCUUGAACCUUUUAGUCUUUGCUUUUGUUGAAAAUGGCAUGGGAGAUAAUCGUGAAAGUUUGUGUUGAGGAAGCACAUUGUGUUGUAUGUUCAUUGCUGUGAAAUUAGGCUUUGAUGGGCCUGUUUUGUAAUCAAUUUUUGUUUUUUCUUUUUCUGUUUUAUACUGGAAAUUUGUUUGUCAAA